AUGGAAGCUGCUGCUAUCUUUACUUCAGUAUACGUUACCAGUUUACCAAAUACAAAGGCUAUCUUCAUACCGAAUCCACCUGCUCUAUCUUUGUCUUCUUCUUGUUGGCUCUGCAAUUCGAAAGGCAAGCGAAUCACCAAACUGAGGCUCAGGGAUGGAUCGAAACUUCGUCUACAUGCUCUGUUUCACGACGAGGAGGCCCCAAGUGAAAACGAAGAUAAAUUGGCGGAGAAUAAUGGGUUUGAUCUUUUACCUGCAGAUAUCUUCUCUCUGUCUCAGGAAAAGCUUGGAAGUAAUCUACGUAGUGGAAAGGAUAGUGAUAAGAUAAUCGAUGUGGAGACAUCUAUUGCACUUCCUCAUAGUGGAGGGGGAGGAAAUCGAGCUGGUCUCUUUAGAACCCCGAUUUCCGGUGGUGUUCAGAGCGCAACCUCUGCUCACGGUUUACCUAGACCCGCUUUAGCUGUUAGGAACUUGAUGGAGCAGGCCAGGUUUGCUCAUCUAUGUACAGUGAUGUCUAGAAUGCACCAUCGUAGAGAAGGUUAUCCGUUUGGAUCUUUGGUAGAUUUUGCACCUGAUCCUAUGGGGCACCCAAUAUUUUCAUUUUCACCGUUGGCUAUUCACACUCGGAACAUCUUGGCUGAGCCUAGAUGCACUCUCGUUGUUCAGAUACCUGGAUGGAGUUGCUUAUCGAAUGCAAGAGUUACAUUGUUCGGCGAUGUCUACCCAUUGCCAGAAAAUGAACAAGAAUGGGCUCAUAAGCAGUAUAUGGCUAAGCAUCAUCAAGGACCUUCCCAACAGUGGGGAAAUUUUCACUAUUUCAGAAUGCAGAACAUAAGUGACAUAUACUUCAUUGGAGGUUUUGGCACUGUCGCGUGGGUCAAUGUCAAUGAGUACGAGGCUAUUCAACCAGACAAGAUAGCUGUUGAUGGAGGCGAGCAAAAUCUAAAGGAACUAAAUGCCAUCUUCUCAAAGCCACUUAGAGAGUUGAUGUCUACUGAAUCUGAGGUAGAUGAUGCUGCUAUCAUUUCUAUAGACAGCAAAGGGAUUGAUAUAAGGGUUCGUCAAGGUGCUCAGUUUAACAUACAAAGGCUAGCCUUUGAGGAAGUUCUUGGUGUUGAGACUUUAGAAGAAGCCAAAUCUGCACUGUGGAAAGUGAUAGAGAAGGGCAAGUUGCACAAUUUUCAGAAAUGA